AUGAGACAAAAUCGAGUGGCCACGUCUGGUUACCUGUUAUUCAUCAUCAUCGGCUUGAUCAUGAUGGCCAAGUAUCAUCAACAAGUACAAGCACAUAAAAUUGGUGAUGCUAUUCCCAUGCUGAAAAGAAUACAAUUUAAUGAGAAGAGAACGGAAUGGAGUGAAGUACCUUACGGAGAUGCACCUCGAUUCGGACUCUCAAAGAAGAUCACCAUCACGGGUGUUGCUGCAAUACUUGAAGCCUUUCUUGAUACUCCUAAAGCAGAGGCUAACACUGAUAAAUAUUAUGAAGAAUUAAUAAUGCAAACAAAGGAUGAUUUGAAAUUGGCUUUUUCAUUUCAUCAUCCAAAUUUUGAAACUUCAUGGAUUACUCUCUUCUCUAAAGGAAUACUUGAUACAGCAACAAACAGAAUGCAAUAUCAAUUUUUGAAACGAAUUGAUUUUUUAUUUAUCUAUCAUGGUGAUACUAUCAAGGAAAUCAAAUACACUCUUGAUUAUUACGAUGAAAAUGAUGAAAGCACCUAUCGUCCAUCCACCAUUAACAAUGACAUUGAGGUUAACUAUUACUGGCAAGAAGUAAUUGAGAAGGAUACAUCCACUGCUUUGAGUGCACUUUACUUUAUUUCAUUCAUUUUUGGUUCGUUGAUUUUGGUGGUUGCUGUAAGUCAAUUACCAAAUUCUCAAUUCAUGUAA